CUUAAGGCCUUGUUUGGCUGGAAAAGAAAAUAAUAAUAAAAAAUAACCAUUAGGCUCGGACCAGGCCCCAACCGGCUUAAAAAAUAAAACGAUACAGUUGUAUACUCUAUUAAAAAUUUCCGGUCAUCACUCUUUCUAAUAGAAUUAUUAGAGGCUUAGUAUUGUAGUUUACAUUAAACUCUCUUUAAUAUAAAUAUAUCUGUCAGGGCUCCUUAGGGAGUAACAUUUUCCAUUAUUCUCACAUGCUAUCAAGAGCACAUUAAUUUUUUUUCGAUCUUCUCUCACUACACGUUUGGCGCCGCGAGCUAACCCUAGAGCCGCCGCGAGCUAACACUAGCGCCGCCAUGGUUUAUUCUCCUGCGCCAUGACGACUUCCGCAGCCCUCAGCACGGUGUCCUCUCCGGCCCAGCAACCUUCCCCUGUCGUGGCCAGCAUGUAGAGCCAUUAACCGGCGCUCCACUGACUUUUGGAACGCAGCCGCCGCGCACUUCCUUCUCUACCGGUGUGAUGUUCUCCUCCAAUUUUGCAUCACCAAGCCGGAUCUCUCUGCCAUAUUCUCUGUUCCAGAAUGUCCCAACAGUGUUUGCAUGGUCAGCUCCAGUUCUUGUGCAGGUCGUACCUCUAGAACCGCCACCCUUUUCGACUGGAUCAUCGUUUGUCAGUCCCAUCUUUGUCGGCUCACCUGGUGUCUUCUUCGUUGUACCACCCUCUCGUACACCAGCAGGCAGCCCGGUCGGAUCCCUUCUCACUGAUCUUGCUCAAAUCAUCUCUCAUGUGACAACCAAUGUCACAAAUAUUGUGACUACCAAACUUUUAGCGGUGGAAGACUACACUACUUGGCGGACACAGUUCGAAUCGUUUCUGAUGUCCCAAGCUCUCCUUGGCAUGGUUGAUGGCUCCAUUCAGGUACCACCUCCUUAUUCCAUGGAUGCUCUUAACCGUCAAACUCCCAAUUCGGGAUUUUUCACUUGGUUGAGAAUUGAUCAAACAAUCUGUUGGUUAUUUGCAACCUUGUCGCGGGAUGUUCUUAUAGAUGUUCCUGAUUUAAAACAUUCCUAUGAGAUUUGGAAACGGUUGGAGUCUCGAUUUAUGUCUGCCAGUUUAGUCCGAUCUAUGGAAUUAAAACGGUUAUUUAAUCAAAUAAAAAAGAAACCUGAUCAGUCCAUGGAUAAUUAUCUGCGAGAAAUUAAAACAUUAGCUGAUGAUCUUGCCACAAUCAAUUACCAUGUGCCUCCUUGUGAAUUAUUAAAGACUACUAUUAUGAGACUGGGACCUGAGUAUGAAUCUUUAUUCACCGCUGUGUCAUUAUUUGGACAAAAUUUCCCAUUUGAAACUCUCCGUAAUGAUCUUCUUGAGUUAGAACAAUGAGUUAUUUAUCUACGCUCCCAGGAGUCCUCGUCCCUCCAUCAGGCUUUCGGCGCAGCUGUCACUUUCCCCGGACAGCCCACUGGCCAGCAGACGGGCCAACAGCAGUCGGGUGCACACUACCCGGUCGGGCAGUCCCACACCCGGUCAGGCAACAACGGUAGACAGGCUCCCAGCAGAGAGGCAGAUGCCGUGGUCGCGGGAGAGGCCGCGGUGGCAGGGGGCGUGGUCGAGGACAGUAUCCAGUCCAGUAUGGUCAGCCGCUGGCAUACUGGUAUCCUCAGCGGCAGUCUGUUUAUAACCCCAGAGGGGGUGGUCGGCCAGGUUCAGCUGGAUAUGCUCCACACGCAGGGGGUGUGGCAUCUAUAGGUACUGUUAUUUGUGAUUCUGCUAUGUCACAUUUAAAUAUUAAUGCAUUACUUGUUUGUGUUACUAACCUUAGUUCUGUAGGCUUGACAUCAGAUGAGGGUAUUCUUGGAUCUGUUCCCCAUCCUGUUGUCUGUCAGAUUUGCUUUUCUGCAGGUCAUUCUGUUGUUACCUAUCCUUCUCGUUUCACACAACCAUCCGCUCCUGCUCUGUUGACUACUCCUGGUGAAGCUAAUCCUACUUUAUGGUUUCCCGAUUCGGGAGCUUCUGCUCAUAUGACUGCAUCUGAAAGUAAUUUAGUUAAUAAAUCUCCCUACACCGGACAUAAUUGUGUUAGUGUUGCCAAUGGUGCCUAUCUCUCCAUUCAUCAUGUUAGUGAUGUUGCAUUAGUUACUUCUGGUCGUCCUCUCACGUUAAAAUCUGUUUAUCAUGUGCCUCAUUUAAAAUAUAAUUUAAUUUCAAUUCAAAGGCUCUGCGCUGAUAAUAACUGUACUGUAUUUUUUGAUAAAAAAUCUUUUUUGAUUAAGCACAAAGCAUCGGGGGCAGUGCUUCUGCGAGCUAACAGUAGUGGGCCACUUUAUCCUAUCAGUCUGCCAUUAUCAUCACCAUUAGUUUUGCUUCAGUUUUAGCUUCUGAUCCUGUGUGGCAGCGUAGAUUAGGUCACUGCGUUGAUAGUAUUUUACAGUUUCUUAAGAGAAAACAAUUUUUAUGUAGUCAUUCUCCUUUUACUCAUGAGUGUGUGGCUCGUCGCUUAGGAAAAUCACAACGUUUGCCUUUUAUGGAUGCUAGUGAUAAUUCUAUUUUUCCUCUUGAAAUUAUUCAUUCUGAUGUGUGGCAAUCUCCUGUGUAUUCUAAUCUGGGAUUCAAGUAUUACGUGUGUUUUAUUGAUGAUUUUUCUCGUUAUACUUGGAUUUAUCCCAUGUGUCACAAAAAUGAGGUUUUUAUGCACUUUAAAAAUUUUAAAGCUUUGGUUGAAAAUAUUUUUAAUCAGAAAAUUAAAAUUUUUCAAAGUGAUGGGGGAGGUGAAUUUGUUAAUCAUAAUAUGCAGCAAUUCUUUUCAGAUAAUGACAUUUAUUUUCAGUUAACUCGAACCAUGCUUCUUGAAGCCUCUGUUCCGAGUUAAUAUUGGGUUGAUGCCAUUUUUAUUGCUGCCUAUAUCAUUAAUAGAUUACCGUCUCCUACCUUAAAUGGCCUUUCUCCGUAACAAAAACUUUUUAACCGUGUUCCGGACUACUCAUUUUUGCGAGUAUUUGGAUCCGCAUGCUAUCCUAAUUUUUCGGCCACAUCAGCUAAUAAAUUAUCACCUCGUUUUAUUCAGUGUGUUUUUAUUGGCUAUGCAUCUGGUUAUAAGGGCUAUAGUUGUUUUGAUCCUAUCACAGGUCGAGUUUAUGUCAGUCGUCACGUUAGGUUUCAUGAGGACACAUAUCCCUUUAAAACACUUUCAUUACCCGGUCGUUUACCUUCUAGCACCAUUACACCAUCACCAAUGAACCUCACCGAUAUUACCCUUGACCCACCUGCCCAGUCCACUACCCACACCACGAGCCAACUCCCUCCACCGCCCUCAUCACUUUCUUGGUCACCUAUCAAUCCCAGCACUCCUCGUGUACCAUCGCCCUACACAUCCUCCCCCAUAUCACCUCUCUCCUCCCUCGAUAGUACUCCAUCAUGCCAGCCGAAUACAUCUCCGGACACCUCCUCGGCUGACCAUGUCUCCACCGUACCCACCUCCCCUAUGCUCACUACGGUAGUCAAUCAACAUCCCAUGCAAACCCGUGCUAAGUCGGGAAUUUUUAAGCCUAAAACAGUUUUUAAUUUAAGUACGGUUAUUACUCUUGCAGAUCCUACAUGUUUUAUUGAGGCUAAUAAACAUUUAAAAUGGCGUUAGACGAUGGCUGAUGAAUUUAAUGCACUCAUUAAUAAUAACACUUGGGAGUUGUUUCCCUUUGACAGCUCUAAGAAUAUUGUUGGAUGUAAGUGAAUUUAUAAAACUAAAUUUCAUUCUGACGGAUCCUUAGAGCGCCAUAAAGCUGGAUUAGUUGCACAUGGUUUUAAUCAGCAGGCAUGUAUUGAUUUUUCUGAAACUUUCAGUCCUGUCGUAAAACCCACCACCGUUCGUAUUGUACUUACUAUUGCUAUUUCUUUUGGGUGGGUUAUACGCCAACUUGAUGUUAAGAAUGCCUUUGUGCAUGGUCAUCUAACAGAAGAAGUUUAUAUGCGUCAACCCCGUGGUUUUAUUCAUCCACAAUUUCCUAAUCAUAUAUGUCUUUUGCGCAAGGCCAUUUACGGUCUUAAGCAAGCUCCACAGGCCUGGUUCCAUAGAUUUAAUAGCUUUCUUCUGCAACAUCACUUUUCCUGUAGUAAAUCUGACAAUUCUUUGUUCAUUUACCGCCAAAAUAAUACUAUUAUUUAUUUAUUAUUAUAUGUGGAUGAUUUUAUAUUUACUGGCAAUUCGGAGUCAUCUGUUACCCAAUUUAUUUCGAUUAUCUCUAAUCAUUUUGCUAUGAAAGACUUGAGUAAUCUCCAUUAUUUUCUGGGGGUCGAGGCUAUUCGUUCAGCCAAAGGUAUGUUUCUCUCUCAACAUAAAUAUGUUUCUCAUCUUUUAGCCCGCUUUCAUCUUCAUACAGUCAAGCCUGUUCGCACCCCGUUAGCUUCCCGUACCACUCUGUCUCUUUCUGAUGGUGAGUUACUGUCAGAUUCUACUGAGUAUCGCAGCAUGUUGGUUCCUUACAAUAUUUAACUUUGACACGACAAUAUAUUACUUAUGCAGUACACUCAGUGUCUCAGUUCAUGCAUGCUCCUCGUACCACUCAUUUUUUGCAGUCAAGAGAAUUUUCAGGUACUUGAAGGGAACACGAGAUCAUAGGCUAUGGCUUCAGCAGUCUAAUCGGCCAACCUGUGUAGUUGCUUACUCCGAUACUGAUUGAGCAGGUUGUCCUAAUAGUUCUCGGUCUACCACAAGCUUUGCUGUCUUUUUGGGUCCGAAUUUGGUUUCUUGGAAGACUAAGAAGCAGCCUACCGUGUCGAAGUCCUCCACAGAAGCGGAAUAUCGUGCGAUUGCUUACACUGUAAAAGACACACUACAUAUCCGGUAUGUUCUGUUCGAGCUUGGAUGGCCAAUCACGGAGCCGGUUCAUUUAUUGCGUGAUAAUAUCUCUGCUUUUUAUUUGACUGCAAAUCCUGUUCAGCAUGCCCGCAGUAAACAUAUCCAAAUUGAUUAUCACUUUAUUCGCGAACGGGUUGCUCAUGGAGAUCUGAUUGUCAAACAUGUUCCUACUCAUCUACAGCUGACAAAAAUCUUUACUAAAAGUCUCCUUAGUCAACGUUUUCAUUUUUUAAAAGACAAGUUGCGCGUUGUAUCUCCCGCACAGCUUGAGGGUGUGUAAGAGAAUUAUUAGAGGCUUAGUAUUGUACUUUACAUUAAACUCUUUUUAAUAUAAAUAUAUCUGUUAGGGCUUCUUAGGUUGUAACCUUUUCCAUUUUUCUCACACUUUCUUCAUGUCAAUUGCCGAUUUCCGGAAAGCUCUCUAGCACCUCUGUUGCCGACAUGAAUCCACUGCUUAAUAUCUUAGAUGGUCAAGGCGGUGCAGAAUGUCUCGUUUUAUCCUCACAUGUUGCCACUGACGAUCCAAUUAUCUCUUGGGUUUGGUCUUAUAUUUUUAUCAUCUUUUGCAUUCGGGUUAGUUGACUGUGUGGGCAUAUAAAAAUUAUUGAACCAAUGUUCAAUUCUAUUGGGCUGCUCAUGAUGAUUAUUGGGCCUUAAAAAAAUAUUAAUAUGGAUCCAUUCGGAUAAAAUUUAAUAAUUAAAUUAAUUCGGGUCUACAUACCCAAUUGAUUCAAUUAUAAAUUAAAUCUUUAAAAGAAUGGACCAAUCCUAUUAAUUUAUUUAUUUUGAGCCCAGUAUUAAAUAAUGGCCCAAUAAAUAAGAGACAUGAUCCAGUAUAUGAAGAGGAAGACGAAUCUAGUUAAGAAAGCAGUCCAUAUGCAUGGAAAAUGGCUGCGAACCUUGUUAAAAAGGUUGUCCAGAUAGAUCAAACAAGUGCUGAUUUUUUUAGCUAUCAAAUACAAGCAAAUAGAGCCCAAAGCCCAUUUUCUUUGAGACCCUAAGCAUAUGAACGAAUUUCAUGAAACCCUAAAGCAUUUUUUCACCCCCUCACACCUAUAAAUAGGGGUCUCAGUUGAGAGGAAAGGGGAGAGAAUUUUCAGACGAAGAAACGUUGCAGAAAAGCUCUCAAGAACUCCCGAAAGGCUUUGAACGAUUCCGAAGAAGAGGAAUAGAUUAAGGCACGAAUUUUAUUAAGAAUAUAUGAAUAAUCCUUCGUGAUUUCGUCGAUUCUUAAUAAAAUAAAUCCAAAAGUUGAAGAACGUUCAAAGAUCUGAAGAACAGAGCUUGAAGAUUCGAAGAUCUGAAGAACAAGACUUUGAAGAUUCGAAGAUAUGAAGAAUGAAUCUUUGAAGAUUUGAAGAUACUCAUAUGAAGAUUGAAUUGAAAUUCAAUUGAAGAUCAAGCCAUAUAUCCCGGGAGGCCCUUAAACAAAAGAUCAAGCCAUAAAACGGCCCUUUUGUUGAAGAUCAAGCUACUUGAAAACCGGAGGGCCUUCAAGUUGAAUUCUUAAUUCAAGAAGAUUUAAAGAUCUAAC